GUAUGGACGGAAGAUUCCCACUCGCUAACUAACGCAGGGCAGGCUGUCUGCCGAUUGCAACACAAGAUGUCUGGACGGUACGGGUGUACGGAAUACUUACACUGCAGUACAUCGGUGCCGCCCGGGUAACGGACACUCCUACUGCCCUGUCCUGAGCUGUGAGAGGCAGAUAAGUUCGGUUGAUCCCAUUGUCUCGAGCUUUGGUUCCUCCUCCUUCGGCUGUGACUUGAUCCUUCGUUCCCCACUUGACGACAUCCAUCUGGUUUAUCUUGGGUCUUCCUUCUGGGUUCCCGUGCAUGCCAUCCUCCUUCCUCUUUGAUUCAAACAACCGCCGCUUUACUUGGUAUUUACUACGCCGUCCGGUGCGUACCGGUUGCUAGCUAGCCCUGCAAGACUCCGGAAACCGAAGCUCUGUCCUCUCUGAUUCGAGAGCCACCGAACAUAUCCAACGGAUAGGAGGAGAAUUCGACACACGUCCAUACACCCAACGCCACAAUGGUAGCAGUAAACGGGACCGGCGAGGCCGAGACGGAGAAGGUUAACACCCACAUCGUCACCCUCACACGGUUCCUCACCGAGGAGCAAGUAAAGCACAAGGAGGCCACGGGAGACUUCACCCUUCUCUGCCAUGCGCUCCAGUUCUCGUUCAAGUCGAUCGCCUACUACAUCCGGCGGGCGACGCUCGUCAACCUGACCGGGCUGGCGGGCUCGUCCAACACGACGGGCGACGAGCAGAAGAAGCUGGACGUCAUCUCGAACGACCUGUUCAUCGAGGCGAUGCGGUCGAGCGGGAAGUGCGCGCUGCUCGUGUCGGAGGAGGAGGAGGACAUCAUCUUCUUCCGGGACAGCGCGCACGCGCGGUACGCGGUGGCGUGCGACCCGAUCGACGGCAGCUCCAACCUGGACGCGGGCGUGUCGGUGGGCACCAUCUUCGGCAUCCACAAGCUGGCCGAGGGGUCGCGGGGCACCAAGGAGGACAUCCUCAAGCCCGGCACGGAGCUGGUGGCCGCGGGCUUCACCAUGUACGGCGCGUCCGCGCAGCUGGUCAUCACCAUGAAGGGCGGCAGCGUCAACGGCUUCACGCUCGACACGGGCCUGGGCGAGUUCAUCCUGACGCACCCCAACAUGCGGCUGCCCCGCAGCCGGGCCAUCUACUCGGUCAACGAGGGCAACUCGCUCUACUGGGAGGACCACGUCAAGGCCUACUUCAACUCGCUCAAGGAGGCCCCCGAGGGCGGCAAGCCGUACAGCGCCCGCUACAUCGGCAGCAUGGUCGCCGACGCCUACCGCACCCUGCUGUACGGCGGCAUCUUUGCCUACCCGGCCGACAAGAAGAGCCCCAAGGGCAAGCUGCGCAUCCUGUACGAGUGCGCGCCCAUGGCCAUGGUGUUUGAGAAUGCCGGUGGCCAAGCUGUCGACAGCAACAUGAGGCGGAUGCUGGAGGUCGUGCCCGAGCAUAUCCACGACAAGUCGGGCCUUUUCAUGGGCAGCUAUGACGAGGUCGAGAAGGUCAAGGCAUUUCACAAAAAGUGAGCGGUCUUGUGUUGUGUAGUACGGAUUAUGCUUGGUGAACUGGGGGUCGGCUUUGGCUUGGCCGGGCUGGUUCCUGCAUUCCGUUGGAUAUCUCACUUGAUUAUUCCGUAGUUAGCAUCCAGUCCAAGAAAUUUCAGGUUGGUCUGCGUUGCGAACAGCCAGAUUCCGCAUGCAAGCAGACUUGCAGAGCCGCCAACUUGUACCAUGAAUCCAGAGCCCUCCCUAUUUCAAGCCGUUGCUAAGCGGGGUGCCCCAGGGUGCCCGGGCCCGUU